AUGGCUCUUCAAUCGACAAUAAAUCCUCAAAAUGUCAACAACGAUAAUAAUAAUGAUGACGACAACGAACAUUUUCAUCGCCAUAAUGAUCAUGAUCAUCAUCAUGAGUACGAUGAAGAAAUCGAUGAAACAGAAGAUGAUCUUAUUGAAAAUUAUCGUUUUCUAACACAACAUUGUGGUGUUCUACGACAAUCUCCAACAACAAAUGUAUUAAAUACAAUACAACAACAACAAAAACAAAUGCAUCAAUCUCCAUUUUUACGUCAUUAUUCAUUUAUAGACGAAAAUUAUAAUAAUAAUAAUAAAAAUAAUAAAAAUAAUAAUAACAAUAAUAAUAAUAAUGAAGAUGAACGUUCAUUUUCUUCUACUAAACAAUGGUACUCACCAUUAAAUGAUUUAAAUAAUAAUAAUCAUAAUUAUUCGACAACAAUUAGUCGUAUACCUCCAACGAUUUAUUAUAAUGAUACAGAAGAUGCUGAAUUUAAUGAUAGUCAUUCAUUUUCAUUAAUUAAACUAUUUGCACGUAUGAAAGCACGUUUAAAACAUGAUAGACGUUAUCGUCCUAAACCUACACAUGAAUUACUUUCGGAAGAAGAUCCUCAAGAAUGGUAUGAAUUAACAAAAAACGUUCGAACUAUUGUAACAAAAGCUCUUUUACCUGAAGGGGGACAUGAUGCAUUAUCACAUCGUACGAAAAAAGUUCAUAGUAGACGAGGUUCAUGUAAAAAAUCACGUGAACUUCAUCCUGUUCUGUCAAAAGAUGAUGAUGAUGAAAAAAUCAAUAUUCAAAUAGAUGAUGAAUUAAAUACAGAAGAUAAUGAAGAAUUUGAUGAAAUAAUGUGGAAUAAAUUUUUGACUUGUUCAAGAGGAAUUAAUUAUAGACGAUGUGGAGUUUGUAAAACUGUUGAUCGACAACAAUUUCAAGGACAAUUAGUGUAUUUUUAUGGUGUUGCAAAUAAUAUUUUAAUUGAUGAAAAUUUAAAAGCAUCUGGAUUGGGUUAG